CAAUGCGUGCGCCCGCUCAGCAUUGCGCCCUCCCGACCUGACGAUUGACCAUCCAGCAAGCGAGGAGCAGAUAUGGCCGACUCCAAGGCGCACAAUGCCGAGAACAGCGCACCUGCGCUCGACGCCAGCGCCCGCCCGACCGUCGCAGACCUCCAGGGCGACAACCACUUCGCGCAGGUAGCGAGGAAGCACUGGCUCACCGCGAAGAAGCCCCCGAAAGCGCGCCCCGAGGUCAUCAAGCAGGAGCUGUGGGACGAGCUGGAAAAGCUCGACUUUGCCUACUCGUCGCUGCUGGUCCUGGAGAACCUGCAGCUGCUGGAGCGAUAUCUCUGGCCGGCCUUCAGCGACGAUGCGUCCAACUACCACGCCCUGCUGGUGGCGCUCAUGGUCAACGUCAAGAGGAGGGAGAACCUGCCGUCGUGGGAACACUUUACCACCAAGCCCGCUGAGUUUUCCUCGUUCUUCCGCCGCAUACUCUCCAUGACCGUGGACCGAUCGCAGCCCAUAAAGAUUCGCACGCAGCUGCUGUCCUUCGUUAUCGGCGCGUUCCAGUCGCUGGACAGUGGCCUGGUGCGCAAAGAGUGCGCGCCGCUGGUCAACAUAGCAAUAUGGCAGAACCUGCACUCGGACGCCGCGAGGGAGCGCCAGUUCGAGCACCACCAGAUGCUGCGGAAGGCGUGGCGGGCGGCACACAAGCGCUUCGAUGCUGCAGACGAGGCUUUGCAGGCUAGGCUACGGUUCGAGCGCUCGUGGCUGUAUACCUUGAUACUGGACUUCCUGGAUCGCCUGUACAACAGUACAACGCGCCAGGAGAUCCAAGAUAACCUGGCCUACUGCGAGCGGUUUGUGGAGCUGCUUACGGAUCUGCAAAGCCAGCUGCCUACGCGGAGAUACGUCAAUACGUUGAUAAAAGACCUAAACCUGCUGCCCGCAAUCCGAUUAGCCCCCAUGUACACGGACGAGGAGAAUGGUCUGUUCCGCGACCUUUUCAACUUGCUGAGCCAUUUCACAUACUUUCCCAUCGAGGACCAGACGGGCAGACAGCUAUCAAAGCUGGAGUACGAUCAAGAGCACUACGAUGUGCUUGCGAGGCUGCAGCGAGUCGCGACUGCGACCUUCCAGGAGAAGCUACAGCUUCUGACGCUGGCCAACUACGGGAGCUUAGGCAACCGAGACGAACUCCAGGGGCACGUUCAGACACUUGAAGAUGCAGAGCUUGUGCAUCUAUGUUCGUUGAUGGGCCUGCGGACAGAGUACCCGAAGUCCUCAUUCCUUGUACUUGACCGGUUAUUUUUCACUGAGACGCUGCUCUCUGUUGUGGAGCAUAGGUCAACGUUCAAAGACGUCGUGCGCGACCUGCCAGUUCUACCGACCGAAGAUGUACUGUUCGAGACCAGCUUCCUUAGAAACGAAGCGUACGACGGAUCACGGCCACUGGCUAUACCCAAACUCAAUCUGCAGUAUCUCACAAUGGGCGACUUCCUCUGGAGAUCGUUCGUUUUGUACCGAGCGGAAUCUUUCUACGGUAUCCGGAAAGACAUGGAAGACGUUGUCAAACGCGUGCAACCUCGCGGCAAGGGUGCCGCCACCAAAUUUGGCGGCUUCUCGCGGAUGUCCUUGCCUAUAUCAAACCCUGGCAUUGUAGACGUAGCGCCUUCAAAGGUGGGCGAUCAGCACCCUGCCUAUGUACGCUCGGAGAUCAUACUCGACGUCAGCCGCCUCCAACACCCAGUACGAAAAGAAUGGGAAUCGCUACGACCAGACGACGUUGUGUUCCUGCUUGCCGUAGAAGGACCAGAUGACCAGUCUAUGCGCAAUGGCAACGGUCGGCAAAACGCGGACCACCAGGGCAUCCACAAGCUGAGAUGUGCUGAGGUGGUACAGAUCCAAGACGAGAACGGUCGUCCUCUCCGCGAGAGCGCCAACGAUGACGGUUUCCGCCGGGUUCGUACGCGCAGACUAGUUGUCAACAUCGACGCAAAGCAGUACCAGGAGGACAUGGACCGUGUUGCACAAGGGAGACCCAACAUCUACGAGCAGAUCAACUUGGUCGUGCGUAGGCGCGGUCGAGAGAACAAUUUCCGUCCCAUCCUCGAAUCAAUUCGCCGCCUUACGCUCUCGGAUAUUCCUGCACCCUCAUGGCUCCAGGAAGUUUUCCUAGGCUAUGGUGACCCUGCAUCAGCAUCUCACAGACGUUUACCGAAUCGCUUGGGGUCUAUAGACUUCCGUGAUACCUUCCUCGAUUGGCAGCACCUGAUCGAAUCAUGGCCUGGCAAGUCCGUCGAGCCCCACGAGAGUGCACAAUCCUCCUUCGGGCCACCCUACGUCGUCCAGUUCCCCGCAUCCGCUGAGCCCGAACCGGCAACCGCGCGGACCUCGAAGAAGCGGCGACGCGACGAAAGCGAGGUCGCACAGCCCGUGCAAGAAGAUGCGUCUCUGCACGUCUCUACAUACAAGCCGCCAAACAUGGGCCCCUACCCUACAGACGCUCCCAAACUAAACAGCGUGAGGUUUACUCCUGCUCAGAUUGAAGCAAUCACUUCUGGCACGCAGCCUGGUCUGACUGUUGUGGUCGGACCACCAGGUACCGGCAAGACAGACGUGGCCACUCAAAUUAUCUCGAAUAUAUAUCACAACUUCCCGGAGCAGCGGACGCUGCUCGUCGCACACAGCAAUCAGGCGCUGAACCAGCUCUUCCAGAAGAUUGUGGCGCUCGACAUUGAUGAGCGUCAUCUCCUACGUCUGGGACAUGGCGAGGAGGAUCUCGAGACAGAGGCAAGCUACAGCAAGCAUGGCCGUGUGGAGUCUUUUCUCGAGAGGGGAGCGUAUUACCUCGCUGAAGUAGAUCGCCUGGCGAAGAACUUCAAUGCGCCUGGUGCUCAUAGUAGCUCAUGUGAGACUGCAGAUUACUUCAAUCUGGUGUACGUGAAGCCAGCUUGGACGCAAUACUGGGACCAAGUUUCGUCCCCAGAUUGCAGUGUCGAGCAGAUUAUCUCAGAGUUUCCUUUCAAAAAUUACUUCAACAAUGCACCACAGCCACUGUUCCCGGCAGCAGCUGACCGCGAGCAGAUCCUCGACAUCGCACACGGUUGCUACCGCCAUGUCGAGAAGAUCUUCACAGAGCUCGAGGACAUCCGUCCCUUCGAGAUUCUGCGGAAUCCCCGCGACAAAGCAAACUACCUCUUGGUGAAGGAAGCGCGCAUCGUCGCGAUGACCUCGACGCACGCUGCGAUGCGGAGGCAGGAGAUUGCCUCGCUGGGCUUCCACUACGACAAUGUCAUCAUGGAGGAAGCCGCCCAGAUCACCGAGAUCGAGAACUUCAUCCCGCUCGCGCUGCAGAACCCGCAGAACAACGAGCUUCCUCUCCAGCGCAUCGUCCUUGUCGGCGACCAUCUCCAGAACUCCCCCGUCAUCCAGAACCUUGCGUUCAGGCAGUAUGCGAAUCUCGAGCAGUCUAUGUUCCUACGGCUCGUUAGACUGGGUGUGCCCACCAUCAUGCUCGACCAGCAAGGCCGCGCACGACCCGGCAUAGCAGAGCUGUACAAGUGGCGGUAUCCUAAAUUGGGCAAUCUGCCGUCCGUCCUCACAAGUCCGCAGUUCACGACCGCGAAUCCGGGCUUCAAAUUCGACUACCAGUUCAUCGACGUGCCGGACUACAAGGACAAGGGCGAGAGCGAGCCCACGCCGCAUUUUAUACAGAAUUUGGGCGAGGCUGAGUACGCCGUCGCCCUGUUCAUGUACAUGCGGCUGUUGGGCUACCCAGCGCAUAAGAUCUCUAUCCUGACGACGUACGCUGGGCAACGCGCGCUCAUCAAGGAUGUCCUGGCGCAUCGCUGCAAGGGGAAUCGGCUGUUUGGGCUGCCCCGGAUUGUUGCUACGGUGGACAAGUACCAGGGCGAGCAGAACGAUUACAUCAUCCUCUCUCUCGUCCGCACCCGCUCCAUCGGGUACCUCCGCGACAUCCGACGCCUCACCGUCGCGCUCUCCCGCGCACGCCUCGGCCUUUUCAUCCUUGGGCGCGCCGCCGUCUUUGAAUCCUGCUUCGAGCUCAAGCCCGCGUUUGAUAUUCUGCUCUCCCGGCCGACGAAACUCACUCUUGUCACGGACGAGAUUUUCGACGCGUCAUUCGCGCGGCAAAUGGAUGGCAAGAUUGAAGAAGGGAGAGAAGCGGUAAUGGAAGGUGUCGAGCACCUGGGCCAGUAUGUCUUCGAGAUGACGAAGGCGAAGGUGGAGGCGUUGAAGAACGGGAGUGGAGAGUUGGUGGUCGCGAAUGGGGAGGGGAUGGUGGUUGAUGGGGAUGACGAAGUGGAUCGUGAGGAGGAUGUUGUUGUUAGGGAUGAGCACGUUUAUGCGGGCGAGGAUGAUGAGGAUGGUGUGCAGGAGGGGUCGUAGGGUGGCUCUGCGAUGGAACACCGUUCGGAGAGCGUAAGGGCCAAGGAGGAGUCGACACUUGGGUGAGUAGGUUGUUUGCAUGGGGUUUCCGGCGCGUGUGCAUGCAUGUGGGUAGGUGUAUAGUUGGGUUGAUUUGUAUUAUGUAGAUACCAGUACGAAUAG